UAAAUCUUCUGCACCUAUCACUAAAAAAGUCCCACCUCCUAUUCCCCAAAAACCAAUCAAACUUCAAGUAAAAAAAGAGUCAAUUCCUGAACCGAUUCCUGAGCCAAGUGCCAUAUUAUCUGAAACUAAUAUUCCUGAACCGAUUUCUGAGCCAGAAAUUAUCGAACCAGUUCCUGAGCCAGAAAUUAUUGAUUCAACUCCAGAACCAAUUCCUGAACCUAUUGUCUAUAUGGAUAAAAAACUUGAAGAAUUAUAUCAGGGCGUAAAAACUAAUUGGGAAGAAUGUGGUAACAAUCCUGAAGAUUUUGAUUGGGGGUGUUUCAUUGAAGAAAUAAUAGAUCAUAAAAACCAUCCGCAAAACAAUUACAAGAAAGAUCCAUUUCAUUACAGACUCCAAAUGCAUAUCCAAGGUUACAGAGAUCUAUUAAAUCAUCAGAAUUCACGUACAUAUUCAUGUUCUCAUCCUACUGAUGAGGAAAUUGCAUUGAAAAUUUAUGAAUAUUACUACAAAAAAAGAGACGAACUACA